CGCUGACGCUUUUAACAUUCUUCGCUAAUAUUUCUCUCCACACUUUAUAAUUUCUUAAAUUGUCGCAUAAAUUCGUUUAUUUAACUGUCACGAUGUAAAUAUCGGAGUAGAUAUGUGAUAUAAAUAAAUAAAUGAAUAAGUGCAAAUUUCUUCUCUUAUAAUGUCAUCACGCGUGUGGAGAUGAUGAUGAUGUUCUGUCUGCGUGUGACAUGUUGCAAAGUAUCGUUUGAUCUCUGACUGCUUUGCUUUUACUUCUUGUUAUCAAAAGGAAAAAUGUAGCUUGUGGAUAAACAUUCACUAGUUAUUUCAUAAAGGCUGACAGAAACCAGUGAUAAACAUGAACAAAAUGUCGCAAAGGACUGUACAAACACUGAAGUACGUGAGUUUGGUUACUCUGACGCUUCAAAAUGCUAUGGUUGGCCUUAGUAUGCGAUAUUCAAGGACCAGAGCAGGGGACAUGUUUCUCUCUUCCACUGCUGUUGUGAUGGCUGAAGUAGUUAAACUUUUCACUUGCCUGGUGCUAGUGUUCGUCGAGGAGGGAGGUUUUGAGAAAUUUUAUAGAACUCUACACACGACAAUCGUGAAGCAACCCAUCGAUACCUUGAAAGUCUGCGUGCCAUCUCUCUUGUACAUCAUACAGAACAAUUUGCUCUAUGUUUCCGCUUCUAAUCUGGAUGCAGCUACACAUCAAGUGACGUAUCAGUUGAAAAUUUUAACCACGGCCUUCUUCGCGGUGACAAUACUGCACAGGUCCCUGCGCAGCACCCAGUGGGGCGCGUUAGUGCUCCUGGUAAUCGGAGUGGUUCUGGUGCAGCUGGCGCAAAGCGUAAAAACGAUACUACCUUCGGGCGUCGAGCAGAGUCACUGGUUAGGUUUCUCCGCCGCUUUGAGCGCGUGUUUCCUGUCCGGAUUCGCGGGCAUCUACUUCGAGAAGAUACUCAAGGGCUCGGACAUAUCCGUGUGGAUGCGAAAUGUGCAACUGAGUGUGCUGUCCAUACCGUUUGGCUUGGGUACGUGUUUCCUGAACGACGGCGACGUCAUCCGCAAGCAGGGCUUCUUCUUCGGUUACGAUUGGUUCAUCGUUUACCUGGUGGUCCUGCAAGCGGGCGGCGGGCUGAUCGUAGCCAUGGUGGUCAAGUAUGCGGACAAUAUACUGAAAGGCUUCGCCACUUCCCUGGCUAUCAUCAUCUCCUGCAUAGCUUCCAUUUAUCUGUUCGACUUUCAUCCGUCGUUCCAGUUCGCUCUGGGUGCGUUCCUCGUGAUUUGUUCGAUUUUCCUAUACGGCCACCAGCCGAAAGUUGUGAGCCUGGAUAAACAUACGUCCGCCGAGAAAGUUUGAUAAUAGUAGAAAAUAUUAUAACGAUUUCCUCGAUUAUGCAAUUUUAUGAGUAAAUUUUCUCAUUGAAAAUCCUAAUUAAGUUGUCGAUUCUUACGAGAGCUUACAUUAAAGAAAAAGAAAUAGUUUAACUGACACUAAGCAUUAGUGUCAGUGAGUUUGAGUAUAAUGUCAAGAUUUGUAUAUCAAAAACUUUGAUAGAUUGUUUUGAGAAAACUUGGUGGUACAAGCUUUUUAUAUCAUAAGAUGCAAUGAAGAGAUUGUUACAUUGUACAUAUGAGGGAAUCACCAAGUGCAAUCGUGUUUUUAUAUUCGAUUCCAGUGCAUCUGAUCUGUCGUGUGAUAAUGCAAGGAUCAGCGUAUCCUAAAUGGCGAGAGCAAAGUAUGUAGAAAUUAAAAAGGUUAGAUUACGCACCGCGUAAUUUUGUCCGUUUCUAACUGCAAACGAUAACGUUAUUCGAGUUUAUUUUUAUAUAGCAAUAACUUUUUGUUUUUAUAUAGCUUUGGACCCAGUAUAUAUACUUGACAGAAAUGUAUUAAUUAGGUCAGUAAGUUAUUAAAUUCGCACUACAUGUACUUAAGUAAUUUAAAUAGCUUUUAAUAAACGCGAUUUUUACGAGAAACCCUUAGACUCUGUAAUUAGUGGGCUUAUCUAAAUCUAAUUAGAUUAAUAAAAUGCUUGCAGAAUUUA